UUGCAAAAAACCUUCAGCCGUGCUUCCGAAGUCACGCUCACAACGGCACAACCCAGUCGUACAAGACCAAGCAAACAAACAAAGCACAUAAAAGCAACACACAUAGUACCGGUAGGCGAACGAAACCUUAAGAGAGAGAUGCAGACAACAGCAAAGGCGAUAUAUUUCUUCCUGAGGAAAAGAAAGUUGCAGUUUCAGGUGCAGUGGAUGCUGGACAACCAGUGGUUCCCCGUGGCAUUGCUCAAUGAAUUCCCAUCGCUGAUCCUCAAACAGUAUGACAUUGGCUUGGCCCAUGGCACUCCCCUACACUGGCUGCUGAUGGAGGGUAGAGCCGAGCUCCUCCAGCAGCUCGAGUUUGUCAAAGCUCUCUGCGAUGGCCGAUCCGAUCUCAAGCAACUCUUGCGAACGAGGGAUGCACAUGGGAGGGCGCCAAUUCACGUCGCGUGCCAAUAUUGUCCAAUGCAUGUGAUUGAAUAUCUCAUUGAAUUGGAUCCAGAGACGCUUUCCAUCCGUACCACAAUGGGUCGCGGUUGCUUGCCAUAUGAGUUGGCCAUGGCCAACACCCGAUACCCCAUCCCAAUGGAAAAACUGAAGCGGAUGUUGGAAAAGCAUCCCGAUACAAGAAACUUUGGCAAGAUGCUGUGCUAUGCUUACCUCACCAACCAGCCCAUGGAGCUGCUGGAAUUCAUCGCGGACCUCUUUCUUACGAAACAAAUCAACCAACAGGACCUACAUGUGUGCAAUCGCUGCUGGGACAUCCCACAGGCACAGGCACGACAGUCGGCCUUUACGUUGGAUCAGGCAAAACUGAUCACAAAGAUAUUGACAAACGUGAAGCGUCUGGCGUUGGCUCUUCCGUCUGGCUGGGAGAGCGAUGCAUUCAUUUAUAUCAUGCGGUAUCUUCAGAACAAUCAAUGCAAGGCCAGGCUCGAAAAGAUUUCAUUGCCCAUCCUGAGCAGCAUAGAGAGCGACCAAGAGCGAAGAAGAGUUGUGGAUGCAUUUCAAGGAUUCCUCCAAAGCAACUGUCGCGUGGGGUUCUUGGUGAUCCUAACCGAAGAAUAUUCUGUGGCUUCCUCGAGAGAAGCUUGGUAUGAAGCCAUCGUCAAGGGGUUGGGCAAUCGCAAAUUCAGUGACCCCCUUACAUUGAGUAUUCAAACUGCCAGGGAAAACCAUCGCAUCCCCAGAGCAAACCUUACAGCCAAGUACUCGGAACGACGACGAUGCGUUUAUCAUGUGGACCUUGAUGUGGACCGUCGGGAUCGUCCGUUCUUGCUGCAUCAACUUUCCCUGCUUCCAAAGACGAUUCGAAAUCUAGAGAAUCUCACAUUGCGUUGCACUCGGGCAAACGACGACGUCGAGGAAGAGAUUGACACGGAACUUUCUUCUCACAUUGCACAGUUCCUUGCUUCGACUCCGACCCUGAAGGUGCUUCGGCUCGAGGAAGUUUUCAUUGACCCUCUACCCAUAUUUCAAGCGAUACGGACCCACCAGUCACUUGAGAGCUUUGAAGUCUCGUCAUUUUCAGAGGAGUUGUCGGCUGUUUUGAUACGAGAUGAUAUAGUGUCAGACUGCCUGGACCUUCUCCAAAAGAAUAAUACGUCGCUUGAAGAAUGCUCUCCUUGGUGUGAAUACAACGAACAAAUCAAGUACUUAUUAGCGCUCAAUCGGCGCGGAAUAGCCAGAGUUCGCAAUGCUUCCGAUGCAUGCACCGUGAUGGAAGCCGCCGCGCUUGGGCUCUAUACGGGAGCAUUUGAGCAGAGUAUCUCGUACGACUUGCUUCGUGAAAGGCCAGAUUUGUGGUGUCGGGUCGCCUUGCAAAGCCCGAAAGCGUCCACUUUGGUCAAGAUGCAUCCGAAACCACAAUCCGACAUUGGGAGGGUCGGCAACACUUUGCAACCCAAAGGCGGCCCUGAAGGCUUUCAUGACGAGUCCAUCGUCGUCGGCUGUACUUGCAGGCCCGGUUUUGGAUGCUAGCUGGGCUCGUCUACUGGAAGAGCCUAAUGAGUCUUGAUCCGAUCAAGUAAGGAAAGAAAGGCGCCCUGCGACCGAACUCGACCGAACUUGAUAAAGCAACACCAGGAGCUCUGCAGCACCAUGAAAGCCAUCUCGAAGAAAAUGAACAGUUAUACUUGGUGCAGACGAAACACCUUAUUGUAGUUCUUGCAAUAAAUAUAAUGCCCCAGAAGGAAACAUCCUACCCCCGUCCUCAGAUCUAUCGAUAGACUGUGGAAAACGACACUCGAUUCUGUUUGAGAAGAGAACGAAAGGCACGAGCAUUGCGUGUAUUUGAAAAUUGUCGUUUUAUUUGGAAGAAUGACUCGAACCAUGGACUGCGCUUGCUAGCUGGGCGUCAUAAAGACUUCUCAAGCUUCCAAACUCUUAUCGAUUUCUCUCCAACCUGAACAUUUUUGUUGCAGCAAGGAGGAGAUGAUGAGCACAUGAAUGACGACCCGACUGGCA